AUGGAGUCCCAUGAACGAAUUCAAGCUGCUUGCGAUUUUCUUCUCCAAUCGCCACCAGGAGAAAUCAAUGAUGUCCUGAAUGAUGUGCGCAAUAUAAUAUCUGACGACGAACUACUACAAGAAGGGAUAGUUCCUGCGCUGAAGAGGUACAAUCUUGCGCAGUUCAUUACUGUCGAUGUUCCAGAAACGAAUCAUCAGUCAAUCAUCAGUGAAGCUGCACGGUUAUCUACAGGCUCUGAAGACGAAGAGGCACAAGAGAGAUGGCUUGAUCCUAGAUCGAAGAAGAGUUUCGUGUUUGAUCAUAUAGCUCUGGAAGCCUCUGAUCCUCAGCCUUUCGAGCCAAAUGAGGACUUCGAAACAUUUCGGGUUGCGUUGGAGAAAGCGUCACUAAACUACCUACUAGCUCACUUUCACGAUGGAGUUUCAUCUGCGUUCUCCAAUCAGACUACCCCAAAUCAAUUCAUAUUGCAAGUCGUGGCUAACAAAUAUAACCCGACGAACUUCUGGUCUGGUCGAUGGCGAUCGGAAUACAUAGUAGAUCUGAACGACCAUACCAUAAAAGGAACGAUACUAGUCAAUGUGCAUUACUAUGAGCAGGGCAAUGUGCAACUAUCUACCACUCACUCGAUAUCGAUCGCACUACCUCCAGCAAUUGUAACUGCAUCCCCUGAGAGUGCGGGUACGAAAAUCCUCGCUUUGAUAGAGACCGAGGAAGGCAAAUAUCAGAAUUCGUUAAAUGAUACGUAUCAUGAAAUGUCGGAGAAAACUUUCAAGAGUUUAAGAAGGGCUUUGCCCAUGACAAGGUCAAAACUGGACUGGGAGAAGGUACUGGGAUACAAAUUGGGAGCUGAGCUGUCUUCAAGCAAGGGUGCUUUCACUUCAGGGUCUUCUUAG